AAACGCUCCUCGGUGCGCUCACUGGCACACCUCCCUCUCCUCCUCAUCACCUUCCUCUUCUUCACUGCGCAUCGGCACUCCGGCAGCAGCACCCCGGGAGUCACGAGCAACAAGCUUUGAGAUAUAUGUAGAGACUCGAGGCGUGAGGAUGAUGAUGAUGAGCUCUCUGUGUCUGUGGAGCAGAAACUGAUGGACUGAACUUGAACCAUGUUCAGGCGGGAUCUGGAUUCGGCUCUUCUCGGUGUGUGGAAUAUGUUUUCGGGGGCUUCCAGCUGGCCUGAUGCUCAUUAGUGACACCAUGACUCGUUUUCUUCUUCUGCUGCUGACAGAGGUGAUGCUUUCUGUGUGAAGCUGCUCCAAACUCCGGCGCAAGAAGCGGAAUAAAGUGGACUCUGGUUCCCGUCUCUGACCGGCUGCUGAGAAUGACCAAAGACACCCAGACAACGAUGAAAUAAAAAGGUUUCCUGCACGCGCAUCUCGGAGUGACUGGAAACAAGCGGCAGCGAGUCGCAUCCCUGUGCGUCAGACUGAGCGGAGCGCCGGGGCGCAUGGAGACAGCUCGGGGCUGAAGGAUCCUUUUCUGCGUGCAAAUUUCUUUUUAUGAUUUUAACUCUGACAAAAGAGGGAAAGUUAUUCUACUCCUCGAACAGAAAAUGAGUAGCUGUCUUCUCCGACUUGCACUCUUCGUGGCUUGCGUCCUGUCCAUCCGCUGCACCGCUGCGCCCGGGACGGAGGCGGAGGCGCACACGGCGUCCCGGAAUACCUGCGCGUCCUGCGGCGUCGCUCAGCCGGAGGACCCCGAGUCGGGCCGGCUGAACGUGGACUUCCUGGAGGCGGUGAAAAGGCACAUCCUGAGCAGGCUGCAGAUGCGGGAGAGGCCCAACAUCACGCACCCGGUGUCGAAGGCGGCCAUGGUGACGGCGCUGCGGAAGCUCCACGCCGGGAAGCUGCGGGAGGACGGGAGGGUGGAGAUCCCCAACCUGGACGGACACCCGAUGAGCAACGAGGUGCUGGAGGAGAGCUCGGAGAUCAUCAGCUUUGCGGAGAAAGAUGACGUGGUGACAUCCAAGUCCAGCCUGUUCUUCCUGAUCUCCAACGAGGGGAACCACAACCUGCAUGUGACACAGGCGACCCUCUGGCUCUACUUCAAGCUGCUGCCGUCUCCUUUGGAGGCGCGUCCGAGGCGGAAGGUUACCGUGAAGGUGUACUACCAGGAGCCUGGCCUCAGCAGCAAGUGGAAUCUGGUGGAGAAACGGGUGGAGCUGAGGCGCAGUGGCUGGCAUACCUUCAUGCUGACCGACGCCGUCCGGUUGGUGUUUGAGAAGGGCGACCGGCGCCAGAACCUGGACGUGCGCUGCGAGGGCUGCGAGGCGGAGGGCGUCGUGCCAGUCCUGCUAAACCAAAACGAUGAGUCCCACCGGCCCUUCCUGGUGGUGCAGGCGCGGCAGGCUGAGAACAAACACCGGAUCCGCAAGAGGGGGCUGGAGUGCGACGGCAGCAGCAGCCUGUGCUGCCGCCAGCAGUUCUACAUAGACUUCCGGCUCAUCGGCUGGAACGACUGGAUCAUCGCCCCGUCGGGCUACUUUGGGAACUACUGUGAGGGGAACUGUCCGGCCUACAUGGCGGGAGUCCCCGGUUCGGCCUCGUCUUUCCACACAGCGGUGGUGAACCAGUACCGCAUGCGGGGGAUGAGCCCGGGCUCCAUGAACUCCUGCUGCAUCCCCACCAAGCUCAGCACCAUGUCCAUGCUCUACUUUGACGACGAGUACAACAUCGUCAAGCGGGAUGUUCCCAACAUGAUCGUGGAGGAGUGUGGCUGUGCUUGAGUAUGUUCUAUUCUUGGUUAUUUAAGGCGGAACUGAAGAACUUAACUGUACACAGAUUCACAAUAUUACAACAAAAAAUGAAUAUAGAAACAGAAUAUUUAUGGACGAUGGAGAAAACAUGUGCACACACAACCUCAUCCACACAUAUCUACACACCCUCAUGUAUGCCUGCACAAAAACCUGUAUAUAUAUUUAUGUUUGUUGAUAUAUUUCGUUAUAUUCUCUGAUGGAAGACUGCUUUUGUCUAGAAACGAUCCAGUUUUCCUUCAAACGUGAGGAGUUCUCUUCCAAAUCUUUAAAUAUCCACUUUGGAAAACAAUCAAUCUCUGAAGUUGUUCAUUAAAUAUCUCUAAGAUAGUGAGGAUCCGGUCUGCUAAAGUGUUCAGGACUUGUGUAACCUACUAGCCUUUACGAAGCAGCAUCGUUUGAUGUAAUUCUCUGCUAUCAGUCACGUUGUUAGAGUAGACACCACUUGUUUAGAAGUGGGUAUUAAACUCUUCAUGUGCAGAACAUGAACCCAGCCUGGAGGAGGUGUAGGAAGCCUUACACGAGUCACGAAGAAAGCCGGGCUGAUUCAGCUACGCCUCUUUUAAGAGCACUGAAAACGUUAACACACCAGUCAAACUUCCCCGACGUACAGCACUUCUGGCCAGGAGUCACGUUUACACUUUGUUCCGCGGUAAAACCGGCUUCGAGCAGAUCGAACAUCUGGACGCAUUCCAGAAAUGGAUGGAAAAAGAAAACAUAAUGAUCUGUUCCACUGUCACCAAACCAUGAAACAAACCUCCAGACUGACGUCUUCAAGGUAGAUUUGCUAAUGAGAGGCGUCACACCUGAAAUUCACACACAAAAAAGAAAGAAAAACCUGAACUGUUGUGUCUCCAGUCAUUGACAUGCAUCUGUUUGCAGCUCUGGAUUCUUCUCUUUCCAUUAUCUUCAUUGUUGAGGAAGCACUGAAGCAUGUUAAUGAAAGUUGGAAGCAAACAAAGGUUCUCGUGGGGUUUCUACAGAGUGCUGAGGGGAGGAAGAAACGUUUUGAGGAACAUUAUCUACCAAAUUACAAAUCUCUUUCUCAAAUUACCAAUCUGUGCUCUGAAUAUUCUCAUUUCUUUGCCUAAAUUUGGGACUUCCCUUGAAAAAUGUCUCCCCUCAGAUUUGGGAAUUGUGCACCAAAUUAUUGAUCCAUUUUUGCUGUUAAACACAACAUUGACUUCUCUUGGACAAAGGCGAAGGCGUAUUGCUGCCCGCUAUGUGAUCGAAGGUAAUCGGCAAAUAGUUUGAGGGAACAGUUGCUCCAGUUUCAUUGGCCAGACAGCAACACAAACCAUUUCCAGCCCCGCUCAGUCCGAUCCACGUCCGGCCCCAAAGAGGCUCCAAGGUCUGAUGUACCUCCCAACAUCUACAUAAAUAACUCUCUUCUUCUGUGAGCUGUUCCAAACUUCCAGCCCUCCUCCUUAGUCUGUGUAUCAUCAAAGUAAAAAAAUGGACAAAGCCGUCUUGCACUCAUGAUACGAGAUGGUGGAAUGAACAUCAGGAAUGACCUCACACGUGUCACAUGUUUGCUAACGUUUGCUAAACCUCCCUUCAGCUUCUCCUUCAAGCCGACAGUUUGCUUCCUUCCAGUCGUUCAACUCAAAAAAUAUUUAACGUGACGGUGCAGCUUCACUUCCCCAACGCACACUUUGAAAGCACUUGCAGAUUGAAAUGCCUUUAACGAGCCCUACGUGGCGCACCAUUGCCCACAGUCCUUCUAAAAGAAUAAGUGCCGCAUGAGCUAUGCAAUGUAUAGUAUUUACCCACAAACCAGACAAGCUGAACUGAAGCUCUUCUGACAAACUGUCACCAAUACUUGAAAUGUAAGUGUGGCAGGCGGGGGCAGGUUGGGCUUUGGCUGGGAGGCAGGAGGAGGCUGACACUUCCCCAACCAGCUGUUUUGUUGUUAAUGACUGAAAAUGUGUGUCUGGUAGUAGAUGGUGAAGUCUUGGACUGCGACAGAAAGACCUGACUUGAUCCAGCUCCAAUCAAAACUAACAGAAGUCAAUAAUUCAUGGGCAAUGCUUUUUUUUCCAUCCAGGAAGCACUACUUUCUACGUAUGACAUCGAUAAACAUCAUUAUCCACAUUUUAGGAGGCGGAUUUGGAGAAAUAUUGUGUCUGCUGCAUAAUAAAGUAGAUUUUCAAAACUGUAUUCUUUGAAACAAACGAGGCGGCAGAUGGAGGCGACGCAUCUCUUCGUCCAUCGUACCCGGCGUGAUGAAAAUAUAAAUGCAUCAUUGUAGAGCAAUGGUUCCCAACCGGGGAAAUACAUCAACAUGAAAUGCUUUUUCUUGAGAUUUACUGAAUAAUUAUAAUUCUGCACGCCUGAAACAUCAUUGACCAUCAGAGGAAAAAUGAACAACUCAUUCAAGUUGUUGAUGACAAGCGACCACAAGUCGACAUAUCUUUGUUUUAGAGGGUCACAAGGCCAAAAAGAUCAGGAGCCAUUGUUAUAAAAUAUGACUCAUGUAGAGAAAUACACCUCAGAAGAAGGUUUAAUGUUCUUUGUUGUAUAAGACAAGUGAGUCUUAUACAGCUGCCAUUUGGCUGCCAUUUUUGUUUGGAAUAGAAGCAUCCUGUGAAAAAGGUUGGAAAUCUGCUUUAUUGUGCAAGAGACGAAAUAUUCUGGUCGUAACUUGAUGGCAGAGUUUUUAAGUUUCGGUUCAGCGUUACUGAACAAUCUGUUGGCUUUCCAUCGAUUCCUUCAACUGAAAGCUGUGGAAUCUAAAAAGAGGCUAACUGGGGCUAACUUUGACCCAAAUGUAACGCAUGAAUAGUGAUUUGGGCGUCUAAAUGAAUGCGUCCCGGUGGAGUUCCCAUCACGGCCCGUUCGACACCGAAACACACUUUGAGACACAGUUUCUCGCCGCAGUCACAUUGACAUCACUUUGAUGUUUUCAGGUUAAACGUUUCAGCGACCUGUUAUUCCUCCAGCCACGAUGUUCCGCUCUCAUUCACAGCGCCGCCGCUACCAGGUGCACAUUUUAGAGAAAUACCUGAGGUCCAGGUACAGAUGACGAGCUCACGCCUUCCCGCCUUCUGUCCGACGCUCGACCUCGACUUUUCCUGCCACUGUAAUCUUUCGCUUGUUCUUCAAAGCGGACGGUUGUUAGAAUAUUUGCACUGAGGAGCUGCGCGACGAGUAAUCAGAAAACGCGAAAUAAAUAGAAACUGCCAUUGAAAAAAAAAAAAGUUAUUUUUAUAGAAGCAAAAUUGAGCUCUGUUCAAAUGUAUUAUACCUAAUCAUGGAACCAAAGAGGCCAAGAGGUUUAGCUAUUUGAAAGAUGGCGAUGCCGUCGUGUUUUUGUUGUUGUAAAUGACUUUGUGACAGUUAAAAGAGGCCUAAACACUGUAUCAGGGUAUAAUAUCAGUCCAUAUUCAGCUUAAUCUCUUUUCUAUUUUGUACCUAGACAUGGAAUAUUUCAUAUUUUUUCAUCAAAUUACUUAAAUAUUCCUAGUUUUCUUUCUUCUUUUUGUUAGCUCUCGUUACAGAAUCAUGUAGAGUGAAGCACAUGCCAUCUGAUCCCUGUACAGUCGAUGUAACAUAUGAAUACGCUUUUGAAAUAUUUUGUUCUUUGUUAUUGUUG